AUGAACCUGUCGGCCUCCGUGUGCUCGGCGGCGAAGCGCAUUCAGAAGGAGCUCGCGGACAUCGGCGCGGAGCCCUCCGCGGACUGCUGGGCGGGGCCGAAAGGCGACAACCUCUUCCACUGGGUCGCGACGCUGCUCGGCCCGCCAGACUCGCCGUAUCGUGGGGGAGUGUUUUUCCUGGAUAUUGCCUUUCCCCAGGACUACCCCUUCAGGCCGCCACAGGUGUGUUUCCGCACGCGCGUGUACCACUGCAACGUGUGCAGCGCCAGUGGCCGCAUUCGGCUGCACCUGCUGGACGAUGGGUGGAGCCCUGCCAUGACCAUUGCGCGCGUGCUACAGGCUGUCAUCCACCUACUCAAAUUCCCGGUUCCUGAGGAAGCGCUGGUGGGGUGCAUUGCUCACCGCUUUGUGUUUGACCGCCCCUCACACGACCGCAUCGCUGCUGAUUGGACUAGGCGCUUCGCCACAACUUCCCCUUCACCAGCAUCACCAUCGUUGGCAGCACCAACAGUGUCUGAGGAGUGCCAGAAAGGAUCCCCACUGGAGGAGCAAGUAGGGAGGCGGGGAGUGAUGGUGGGGGCCCUGGGAGCCUCUCUUGCUGCGUCGGGGGGGCUGGUUGGAGUUGGAGGGUCAGUGGCCGGGAACCCGGGGGUGGGAGUGGGUGCUGCGUGGGGGGUGGAAGCUCGGCAGUGGGGUGACGGCAAGAGUGUGGAGAUUCGGCGCAUGAAGGACAAUUUUGGGGUGCUUCUAAUGAAUGUGGCCGAAGAGGUUAUUAAUGAGCUGGGGAUGAAGACCGGUGUAGACUACAAGAAAGAGUUCUUCAAGCUGCGCCAGCAGGAGUUCCAGCCGCUCAAGAAGGCCAACUUUGGAGGGCUGGCGUCUCUGGGGCCCAGUUUCACAGUGAACGAUGUGCCUUACUUCAACUUCCAGUCGUACAUCCAGUGGAAGCUUAUCGCUCGCCUCUUUCCCACACAGCGAGUCAGGGAG